CAACUUUAGAAUCUUGAAGCCUCAUGUGCUCAUGUGCAUUUUAAGAACUGAAAAUAAAAACUCCAAAAUCAAUUUUUACUCUGAAACUUCAAAUGAGACAAGACAGAAAUGGACUCAGAUGUCUUCUGCUGAUCAACACACAAAAUGAAACCAUUUAUAUCAAAACUAAUUGAGGCUCACCAUUUGUGGUGAUAGUGAGGAGCAGUGCCUGCCCUACCUAAUAAGCGAUAUAGGCAGUUGCAUGGCCCCUGCCGUGCGUGAAAAUUUAAUUUACUUGCUCGUUGUGUCGGUGUCAAUCAUCAUGUGUGUUAGCUUUAAACUGUGCUAAGAUUAAAAAUGAAAAGGCGGCACUAUCAGUCUGGUGCAGAGAAGAGGAAGAAGAGGAAAGAAGAUGAGAAAAGAAAGGAACAAGAAAAGGGUGACACUGAGAAGCUCUCAGAGUUGAGGAUUGUGUUAAUGGGGUCUAGAGGAGCUGGAAAGAGUUCAGCAGGAAACAUCAUCCUGAACAGAGAAGAGUUUGACCUGAAGACAACUGCUCAGUGUGUGAAGAGACAGAGAGAAGUAGCAGACAGACACAUCACUGUCAUAGAAGCUCCAGGAUGGUGGAUUGAUGUUCCUGUAGAAGAGAGCCGUGAGUUACUGAAACAAGAGAUUUUACUCAGUGUGACUCUGUGUCCUCCAGGACCUCAUGUUGUUCUCCUGUUUAUACCUGUGGGCACUGGAUUUAAAGAGGAAGAUAGAAAAGUAUUUCAGGGGUAUGUGGAUCUUCUCAGUGAGAGAGUCUGGAGUCACACUAUAGUGCUCUUCACCUUUGGAGACUUUCUAGGAGACACAUCUAUAGAGCAACACAUUGAGAGUGAAGGAGAGGAUCUCCAGUGGCUGGUGGAGAAAUGUGGGAACAGAUAUCAUGUUCUCAACAAUAAGAACAGAAGUGAUGACACUCAGAUCAAAGAUCUGCUGGAGAAGAUAGAAGAGACAGUGACACAAAACAACGGCUGCCAUUUUGAAAUAGACAGAAAGAUUUUACAGGAGCUGGAAGAGAAAAGAAGAGCAGAGGAACAGAGAGCAGAAGAACGAAAAAAAAGGAUGAAUGAGCGAAGAGAGAUGAUCUUUUCAGAGAUGAGUGACACUCCGUAUCUCUCAGAGUUGAGGAUUGUGUUAAUGGGGUAUAAAGGAGCUGGAAAGAGUUCAGCAGGAAACAUCAUCCUGAACAGAGAAGAGUUUGACCUGAAGACAACUGCUCAGUGUGUGAAGAGACAGAGAGAAGUAGCAGACAGACACAUCACUGUCAUAGAAGCUCCAGGAUGGUGGAUUAAUGUUCCUGUUGAUCAGAGCUCUGAGUUACUGAAACAAGAGAUUUUACUCAGUGUGUCUCUGUGUCCUCCAGGACCUCAUGUUGUUCUACUGUUUAUACGUGUAGACACUGGAUUUAAAGACGACAAGAGAAAAGUAUUUCAGGAGUAUGUGGAUCUUCUCGGUGAGAGAGUCUGGAGUCACACUAUAGUGCUCUUCACCUGUGGAGACUUUCUAGGAGACACAUCUAUAGAGCAACACAUUGAGAGUGAAGGAGAGGAUCUCCAGUGGCUGGUGGAGAAAUGUGGGAACAGAUAUCAUGUUCUCAACAAUAAGAACAGAAGUGAUGACACUCAGAUCAAAGAUCUGCUGGAGAAGAUAGAAGAGACAGUGACACAAAACAACGGCUGCCAUUUUGAAAUAGACAGAAAGAUUUUACAGGAGCUGGAGGAGAAAAGAAGAGCAGAGGAAGAGAGAGCAGAAGAACGAGUGAAGAGGAUGAAGAAACAGAGAGAGAUGAUCAGUGACACUCAGAAGCUCUCAGAGUUGAGGAUUGUGUUAAUGGGGUAUAAAUGUGCUGGAAAGAGUUCAUCAGGAAACAUCAUCCUGAACAGAGAAGAGUUUGACCUGAAGACAACUGCUCAGUGUGUGAAGAGACAGAGAGAAGUAGCAGACAAACACAUCACUGUCAUAGAAGCUCCAGGAUGGUGGAUUAAUGUUCCUGUAGAGCAGAGCUCUGAGUUACUGAAACAAGAGAUUUUACUCAGUGUGUCUCUGUGUCCUCCAGGACCUCAUGUUGUUCUGCUGGUUAUACGUGUGGACACUAGAUUUAAAGAGGAUGAGAGAAAAGUAUUUCAGGGGUUUGUGGAUCUUCUCGGUGAGAGAGUCUGGAGUCACACUAUAGUGCUCUUCACCUGUGGAGACUUUCUAGGAGACACAUCUAUAGAGCAACACAUUGAGAGUGAAGGAGAGGAUCUCCAGUGGCUGGUGGAGAAAUGUGGGAACAGAUAUCAUGUUCUCAACAAUAAGAACAGAAGUGAUGACACUCAGAUCAAAGAUCUGCUGGAGAAGAUAGAAGAGACAGUGACACAAAACAACGGCUGCCAUUUUGAAAUAGACAGAAAGAUUUUACAGGAGCUGGAGGAGAAAAGAAGAGCAGAGGAAGAGAGAGCAGACGAACGAGUGAAGAGGAUGAAGAAACAGAGAGAGAUGAUCAGAUCACAGAUGAGAGACACUCAGAAGCUCUCAGAGUUGAGGAUUGUGUUAAUGGGGUCUAGAGGAGCUGGAAAAAGUUCAGCAGGAAACAUCAUCCUGAAAAGAGAAGAGUUUGACCUGAAGACAACUGCUCAGUGUGUGAAGAGACAGAGAGAAGUAGCAGACAGACACAUCACUGUCAUAGAAGCUCCAGGAUGGUGGAGACAUGAACCUGUAGAUCAAAGCCCUGAGUUACUGAAACAAGAGAUUUUACUCAGUGUGUCUAUGUGUCCUCCAGGACCUCAUGUUGUUCUACUGGUGAUACGUGCGGACAUUAGAUUUAAAGAGGAUGAGAGAAAAGUAUUUCAGGGGUAUGUGGAUCUUCUCAGUGAGAGAGUCUGGAGUCACACUAUAGUGCUCUUCACUCAUGGAGACUUUCUAGGAGACACAUCUAUAGAGCAACACAUUGAGAGUGAAGGAGAGGAUCUCCAGUGGCUGGUGGAGAAAUGUGGGAACAGAUAUCAUGUUCUCAACAAUAAUAACAGAAGUGAUGACACUCAGAUCAAAGAUCUGCUGGAGAAGAUAGAAGAGACAGUGACACAAAACAAAGGCUGCCAUUUUGAAAUAGACAGAAAGAUUUUACAGGAGCUGGUGGAGAAAUGUGGGAACAGAUAUCAUGUUCUCAACAAUAAGAACAGAAGUGAAGACACUCAGAUCAAAGAUCUGCUGGAGAAGAUAGAAGAGACAGUGACACAAAACAAAGGCUGCCAUUUUGAAAUAGACAGAAAGAUUUUACAGGAGCUGGAGGAGAAAAGAAGAGCAGAGGAAGAGAGAGCAAGAUCAAAAAUAAGUAGGUGA